UGUUUGGAUGUUUGGAUGGUGGUAGCGGUGCAGGUCAUCACCAUUAUUGCAUGGGGUUGAUGUCCAAGUGGAGGAAGCGAGGAUUUGCAAAAUAAUAGCGUUCACAGGGCGUCGAACUUUAGAUCGGAGAGAGCGACAAAUCAGGUGGCAUCAUGAGCAAAGUGCAGGGUGGGAUGAAAUGCGUAAAAUAUCUGCUUUUCGUUUUCAACUUCAUCUUUUGGCUGUCAGGCUUGCUGGUGCUGGCUGUGGGACUUUGGCUCAGGUUUGACCCAGAAACAGUGGAGCUCCUGACAGGUGAUGGCGCCCCUGACACCUUCUUUAUAGCUGUGUACAUCCUUCUUGGUGCAGGAGGGCUGAUGAUGAUUGUUGGAUUCUUCGGUUGUUUCGGGGCCGUACGUGAGUCUCAGUGUCUCCUUGCAUCGUUCUUCGCUUGCCUUCUGAUAAUCUUCGGUGCAGAGAUUGCCGCUGGUGUGUUUGGAUUCAUAAACAAGGAGCAGAUUGUUGAGGAAGUCCAAAAGUUUUACAGUAGCACCAUCACCAAUUUGAACGGCACUGAAAUAGCAAUGAUUUACCACAAAACUUUGAACUGUUGUGGAGGUUCCACAUCAGAAUUCUCCAGUGAGUUGUGCUCAGAAAUGCCUCAUGACACCCAGGACUGCCUGUCUGCAAUAUCAGACUUCUUCAAUGAAAAGCUGCAUAUCAUUGGAUACAUUGGGAUUGGUGUUGCAGGUGUAAUGAUCCUAGGAAUGAUCUUCAGUAUGGUGCUGUGUUGUGCCAUUAGAAACAGCAGGGAGGUUAUAUAAAUGGUGAGUUGACCACCCACCCCGUCCACCACCCCCCACCAGCCAGACCACUACAAGCUCACUGAACCCUUCAUCCCGACCCCUCUGCAUAGGAAGGGCAACACCAAAGUUACAUUUCAAUGCCAUUUCUCAUAGUCCAAACUGAUCUGGUGGGGGGAGGUUUACCGGAUAUCACAAAUAAAGAGAGUACAAUACAUCCACGGGCCACAUUCAACACGAUACGCUGGAUCGUUACCAUCACACCUUCUCCUCAACUCCACCAGCACUGAAACACUGAUUCGUUUCUCUGGGUUUUUCCAUAACACACGCUCUGCUUUUUGGCACGACUCUGUGACAUUCCUUGGUUAUAACAUCCUUUUGUUACACUGCCGGCGUUGCUGCACUGUAGCAACAAACACGGUACACGAAGCCUUCUUUGACACAGGAAUGUUGUGACUGAGGAGUAUUUGCUGUAAAUACGGACACCUGUUUUAUGCACCUGCCGUUAACAUUAUUUAUUCUGUGCCCUUUGUAGCCUUUUGUAAUUUAAAGGCCUAAUGCCAAUCAUACUUUGUGUGCUUAAAUGUUUUGAGGACUAGCCCACCUUUGCAGUUUAAAUCUCCAUUGUGUGCCUAUUUAGUUACACACACAAGUUACCGUACUAUUUACCUAUUCCUUGUGAUCUUUAAAGAUGUAUAUAAAGACUGUGCUUGCUCCCUGCCACCACUCUAAAGUAUUGCUACUGUAAAGCACAAUAGAGGAAGUGUAGACAUGGUAUCAACCCAAAGGGUUAGGAAGGUCUGAUGAUAAACUGACACUGUAAAUUUUCAAAUUCUUGUAAAAUUAGUAAUACCACAUCCUGAGCUCUUCUAGAGCAUGUGUGACCUGUAACAGUGAGCUAGUUUGCAUUUUGUGUGAAUUAUUGUGGAUGCCAAUCUUGUUGGUGUACCAAUAAGAUGUGAACUAUAGAAUAAUAUAGCUUAUGUCAUACUGUUAAACAUAAUAACAAUAAAAAAAAUACUGGGUGCUUUUAUUGA